UUCUAGUAUUUUCUAUUGUGUACAGUGUUAGGGGGUGGGGGGUGAAGGGUAUACUAGAAGCAUGUGAGGUGUUUCAAUCCUGUCAUUCUUCAUUCCUGACUGAUUGAGCUUUCUGGGUUCUCUAAAAAUUGUGCCUUUUCUUGAAUCUUUUGCUUUCUGGAUUUGGGUUCUUGCACCUCUUCUAAUCUCAGCUGUUCUAUAGACACUUACUUUUAUUGAGGGAAAGUAAAGGAGAGAGAGAGAGAGGAGAGAGAGAGAGAGAGAGAGAGAGAGAGCCAUGGCAGGAGGUGGAGCAGCUCCAGCACCAAAAGCAGAUGAGACGCCUCAUCCACCUAAGGAUCAGCUUCCCAAUGUUUCUUACUGCAUUACUAGUCCUCCACCGUGGCCCGAGGCCAUUCUUCUUGGAUUUCAACACUAUCUUGUGAUGCUUGGGACAACAGUUAUGAUUCCCACCGUUCUCGUUCCCCAGAUGGGAGGUGGAAAUGAGGAGAAAGCCAAAGUUAUUCAGACUCUGCUAUUUGUUGCUGGGUUGAACACCUUGUUACAGACGUUCUUUGGGACCAGACUUCCAGCUGUGAUUGGAGGGUCGUACACCUUCGUUGCACCAACGAUUUCAAUUAUACUCUCUGGUCGAUGGGAUGACCCAGACCCCAUAUCGAAAUUCAAAAAGAUAAUGCGGGCCACUCAAGGUGCCCUUAUAGUUGCUUCAACUCUUCAGAUAGUCCUGGGCUUUAGUGGUCUUUGGCGCAAUAUUACGAGGUUUUUGAGUCCGAUUUCAGCAGUUCCUUUGGUUGCGCUUGCUGGUUUUGGGCUCUACGAGUUUGGUUUCCCUGGUGUUGCUAUAUGUGUCGAAAUAGGGUUGCCAGCGCUUGUAAUUUUGGUCCUUUUCUCCCAGUAUUUGAUUCAUCUUAUAACGCCCGGGAAGAAUAUUUUUGAUCGUUUUGCUGUUAUAUUCACGAUAGCAAUUGUUUGGAUUUAUGCCCAUAUACUUACUGUUGGUGGGGCCUAUAAUGGGAAGCCACCAAAGACCCAAACAAGCUGCCGAACUGACCGUUCUGGACUUAUAUCUGGUGCCCCAUGGAUUAGAGUUCCAUACCCCUUUCAAUGGGGAGCGCCUUCAUUUGAUGCCGGUGAAGCUUUUGCUAUGAUGAUGGCUACAUUUGUAACACUCGUAGAGUCGACCGGUGGUUUUAUUGCUAUUGCGAGAUUUGCAAGUGCCACUCACAUGCCGCCAUCCAUUCUCAGCCGUGGUGUAGGUUGGCAGGGAAUUGGCAUAUUAUUAUCGGGGUUGUUUGGAACUGGAACCGGAUCUUCUGUAUCUAUUGAGAAUGCUGGACUUCUAGCGCUUACUCGAGUGGGGAGUCGAAGAGUUAUUCAGAUAUCUGCGGGAUUCAUGAUUUUCUUCUCUAUUCUUGGAAAAUUCGGAGCAGUCUUUGCUUCGAUUCCAGCACCCAUUGUAGCUGCUUUAUAUUGCCUGUUCUUUGGAUAUGUAGGUGCUGGAGGUGUGAGUUUGCUUCAAUUCUGCAACCUGAAUAGUUUCCGGAACAAGUUCAUACUCGGGUUUUCAAUCUUUCUCGGAUUGUCUAUCCCUCAGUACUUCAACGAGUACAUUGCCAUCAAUAGUUAUGGACCUGUUCACACGGGUGGGAGAUGGUUCAACGACAUCGUCAAUGUUCCGUUUUCGUCAAAAGCUUUUGUUGCGGGGAUUGUGGCAUAUUUCUUAGACACCACGAUGCACAAGAAGGAAAACCAGGUAAGGAAAGACCGAGGCAAGCAUUGGUGGGACAAGUUCCGGUCUUUCAAGAGUGACACAAGAAGCGAAGAAUUCUACUCCCUCCCUUUCAACCUCAACAAAUACUUCCCCUCCGUCUGAAUCUCGCUACACCCAAGUAAGACCUCGUUUUCGGUUUUCUCGUCAAAUCAUCUCGUCGCCUCCUUGGGCAUUGAAAAGCCAUACUUUGGGCCUCCUGCUGCAACACAGUUUUCCUUUGCUUAUGUAUCCCUUUUGGAUGUGAAAAAAGUUACUAUAAAUAGUCUGACAGCUUGGAGGAUGCUUAAUUAGAACAUUUGUUGAUUAGGGUUUUUCUUUCUUUUGUUUUUUUAGUGUAAAUUUGUUGGUUAUUAUGAACAACAGUUCUCUGCAACUCUUGCACUGUUAAAUGCCCCUGAAAAAUGGAGACGAUAAUCCAAUGGCCUCUGAAAAGCUAACAUA